AUCCCUGCUUAACAUUAUCCUACAUUGUCGUCACCAACAGGCUCACACUUGGAUCCUGAAUUUGUUUAUGUGAGUACAGCAAUGCCCUGGUCUAAUGCACAGACAUACUGCAGAGAAAAUUUUGUUGACAUGGCUAUUAUAAGAAAUGACACAGAGUACCAGAAAGUCCAGAGCCUGAUACCUUAUGGUCAUUAUCCAUGGAUUGGUCUAUAUAGAGAGCCAAAUCUUCAAUGGUCUAAUGGGAGCAGUAUCCUCUUUACCAGCUGGGAUACCAGUGGUAUUUUUAUUGGCUCAAUGAGAGUCAUAUGUGGUGCUACAUCUACUGGGAGAUCAGGAAGAUGGAAAAUGUUGUCCUGUGAAACAAGAUUACCAUUUGUCUGCAACGGUCCUCCUGUUACAAAACAGGUGGUGAGGCUUGGACUUCAUUUGGAGGACUAUGUGGAUCUGAAUGACCGUGUUCUAAGAGGAAGCAUCCUGAUGAAGCUCCAGAACAAACUGCAGGAGAACGGAGUGAGUGGAGUUAUCCUAAAGUGGAGAGAGCAGCCUGAUGGGAAAGUCUUCAGAAAGGAGUAGAAUCUAGUUUAAACUAAGAAAUAUGAAACCUGUUUUCUUCUUCCGAGGCUGAAUAAAACAAUUGUAUCAUUUAGAAUUAUAUGAUUUACUAAUACCCUGUUUGCUGCUGUGCAAAUUAAUUAUUGUGACAGCGUGAAAAAUAUCUCAAUUUUGUUAGCACAAUAAUAAUAGUAUGUUAACACUUCUGCAAGUUUGAGUGCCUUAAAUAUGGUGGGGGGUUAGAGUUGGUAAAAAUGAGGAAAACAAAUAUUUUUGUCAUGGUUUACAGCUGUU